CUGAAAUCUUCACAGAACACCGAAGAGCUCACGGUACGCGACUAAGACCUGCCUUUCUCUCUAACACCUUCUUUUCCACACAACCAAUUUAUAACAGUAAAUUACAAGAGCCUCGAUCAUGGCUGUCCGCGCGCAGUUUGAGAACUCUAACGAAGUUGGUGUCUUCUCUACACUCACCAAUGCCUAUGCGAUUGUCGCAGUAGGCGCUUCUGAGAACUUCUACAGUGUCUUCGAGGCUGAACUCCAGGAUGUCAUUCCUAUCUGCCACGCCACAAUCGCCGGAACCCGCAUCGUCGGCCGUCUGACUGCCGGUAACAAGAAGGGUCUCCUCGUUCCUACCACCACAACCGACCAAGAGCUCCAGCACCUGCGCAACUCGAUACCAGACAGCGUCAAGAUUCAGAGGAUAGAGGAGAGGUUAUCAGCGCUCGGCAAUGUCAUCUGCUGCAACGAUCAUGUCGCACUCGUACACCCAGACAUCGAGCGAGAGACCGAGGAGAUAAUAGCAGAUGUGCUCGGCGUGGAGGUCUUCAGGCAAACGAUCGCGGACAAUGUUCUCACAGGCUCGUACAUGGCACUGAGCAACCAGGGCGGUAUUGUUCACCCCAAGACAUCGAUCCAGGACCAGGACGAGCUGUCGAGUUUGCUCCAGGUUCCGCUCGUCGCUGGUAGUGUGAACCGAGGUAGCGCGGUGGUUGGUGCGGGUAUGGUUGUCAACGACUGGAUGGCGGUCACCGGUCUCGACACAACAGCAACUGAGCUGUCAGUCGUCGAGUCCGUCUUCAGGCUAGGCGAGGGCAACGGGCCAAGCAACAUCAACACCACACACAAGGACGCUAUGGUUGAGUCCUUCUACUAGACGACGGGUAUUGUACGGGACAGCUCACGAUAUCCGUGCGUACUACUCCGUGCAGCAAAUUGAGAGCAGCCUGCAGAGUGUGUCCAAGGAGAAUUGAGCGAGCAAAAAGGUACCGCAUUGGUAUCCAUCUGCUCUUCUAGCUUAGGGAUUGAAUGAUACCACGACGAAAAUCAAAACAGUGUGCACUCACCAAAGGUGACUUUCAGC